AUGGCGGCUGUUAACUAUAACCGAAGCAGCUACUGUUAAGCGUAACAGGAACGCUGUUAGUCAAUUGAGAGCGCUGUUAGUUAAGAGUUGAGUUGAGUCUCCAAAAGCGACAGAGCUACAAAACGGCAGCUGCUGCUGUGGCGCAGCAUCCUCUCUUCGACUCUCUUUGCUGGUGCUCUUGCGAGAAAGGCGUCCUGUAACGGGAUUCCCAGCGGUCGUGUAAACGAGCGUCGAGAGGACGACCCGAGGCCACGAAGUCUUCAGCCGCAGCAGCAUCAGCAGCAGCAGCAGCAGUGCCAACGACGACGAUGCUUCCGAGGACUGUGGGCCGCACAUCGCGUGCUCACAGCUUCAGUCAGUUCGGAAGCCUGAAGCCGCGCGGAGAUACCCUGGACAGUGCUGCGUUGUCGCCCGUUUUGUGGUCAAUAAAAAAAAAACAAUUAUUAUUAAGACAUGAAAUCGCUGAGGACUCGUUGCCACUCUGUGAGAGAAAACCAAAUGAACUCAAAAUAAACCGGGCAAAAGAACAAUCCUCAUACCUCGCGAAAUGUCAAUUAGUGCUUGCCGUAGUUAAAAUUCCAGUCACUCCGAUAACCAGAAUCUGGAUUCGCACGUUUUUCUGAGCCAGAGCUUGGCAAGCGGAAAAAGUAUCUUUAACUGACGGAAAAACUGAACUGGCAACUUCCGCUUCCGUCGAGUGCUUCAAUUUCAGUUUAAUGUUAACUCUGACAAAACCAAAUUGACAUGAAGGAAAAUACAGCAAAAGACUAAGCAAAAAAGGAUCCUCAGCUACAUACAACUUUGUUAUCAGCCAGAAAGAAAAACUGCAUAAAUCAACGACACUGCCAAAGCCAAGGGCAACAAUAACUGGACGAAGCAAUUAAUUUUAUUCAGACAUUCAAACGGAUCCGGCUGGACGGACGAAAAAUGGAUAACGGCUCGCUGCUGUUUCUGUUCAUCGCGCUUUUAAUUGAUUAUUCAAGCGUUUCGGCGCUGUUCGUUACGGACAUAAGUGUGCCAGAAAUAGUGGACUUUCGGGACAAUGUAACGCUCUCCUGCAGCUAUGACAUGCGAGGACACACCCUGAACUCGGUCAAAUGGUACAAAGAUCACGAGGAGUUCUUCAGGUACUCUCCGCUGGCGAGUCCAAUUUAUAUGACAUUCGGCGUGCCCGGCCUGCAAGUGCUCGAUGGAAAGUAUCUGUGCAACGAGUCCAGCUGCCGAUUGGACCUGAGCCUGCAGGGUGCCCGAUCCACGGGCUUGUACAAGUGCGAGGUCAGCGGCGAUGCACCGCACUUCAAGCUGGCGGACAAGGCCGACAACAUGACGGUGGCAGCCCUGCCCCAGAGCGACCCACUAAUCGAGAGCUUCAACUCUAUGUACCGCAUGGAGGAGUUCCUGAGUGCCACAUGCUCCUCGGACUACUCCAGCCUACCCACCCGGCUCACCUGGUACAUUAACGGCGAACAGCCUCUGCUGGGCGAGCUGCAGCCCACCAUUGACACCAGCAUCCCGGCCCACGACUAUGUGCUACGUCGCCAGCGGCUGCAGGUGCACUUUUAUCUGCAGGGACAGCGCUUCUACCAGGCUGGGAAAAUCCUCGAGCUCAAGUGCGUCGCGGAAAUUGAGAAUUAUCCGGAACUGAGGCGGGAAACGUCGCUCAGCGCCUCACUCUCGCAGUUCGAUAAUUUGAACAAUCAAAUGCUGAUACAUGCGGGCACAAAUUCUGGCGCCGCACAAAGGAGCUGCGUCUGGGGCACGACAUCGCUAAUUUCCGGCUGCCUGGUGACACUUGUUCUGGCACUCUGUUUUCGACAACCAUCAUGAACGGGCUCCGGAUUGCUCAGGGACUGGGAGUGGGAGUGGGAGGCGCCUAGUGUGGCGUCUUUGUCAACUAUAUCAUCGCGUUAGUUAGUUAGUCAGUCAGCUAGUCACUUAGUUAGUUAGUUAGGGUAACACACAAAGGUAAGACCGCAAACUAGUCAAUAGGCAAAGCUUUCGGGUGUGUAAAUACGGUUGAAGUCGUGUUGAAGUUUACAAUUUUUAGAGUGUGCCAAAAAUAUUCACAGGUUGAAGCAAUUCCCGAUGAAAGAAACUUCAUUUCAUGUGAAUUAAAUUCAUCCAUUUGUUUACGAUAAGAAGUGAUUUAUUUUCCGUAUGUAAUAUGGUUUUCAAACCAAUUGAACUGAGGCUGCCAAUACUUUUGAGUGUAAUCUCAUCGUGUAAACACAGCUGAUGAAUAAAUAUAAAUACACAUACAUACGUGUUCCUCAUCGCUAAAUGUCACGGGGUACUUGUAAAUGAAUGUUUUCAAGUUGAUUAGCUGAACACACACGAAUCGCAACCACGUUAAAACAGUAAAACAGUAGGUAAAUAUAUUAAAUCAGGAAAACUGCCACACACAAAAAAAGUUCGACCUGCCUGUUACCGAUACCGAAUACCGAUACUAUCCAGAAUAAUGUCACUCGCCAGCAAAGCGAUCGAAUUUAUAUCGAAUGUAUGUAUAUAUAUAUAUAUAUAUAGAUAUGUAGAUGUAAUUUUUUCCGUUCGUUGCUUGGCAAUCGAAUGACAAACACCAGCGUUGGUAGAGCACAUUGAACACUUUUCGAGUACUAUAUUUAUCCGCACACUAUUUGUCCGAGGCGUUGCCAAGUGGAUAAUGGGUUAUGGGAAUACACACAAAAAAUAUGAAUGCAUAUGAAACACAAUAAAAAUAGUCGUAUACAUAUACAUAAACAUGUAUGAAUCACACACAAAAAAAGAUGGAAUUAUUGGAAUAACAUGAGAUUUUAUCAGUGGGAAAGAAUAUGCAGAUGCUGUAAAAAUCAUUAUAAUUAAGUCUAGCAUAAAUAUGCUGUAAAUACAAUUUUAAACAUUCAAAACAGAGGACAGACAGCACUAUAAAUCAUGUCAUAAAGCCAGACCAGACUCCUACAAAAUACGUACAUGCAUGCAUAUGUUUGUAUGUAUAUUGUACAUGCAUAUGCACAUGGGAGUUUAAAUGUCUGUCGGCCUGUACUUCCAGCGUCCAGCUAACUAAACAAAAUCGCAGCACAUAGUAAGUUUCAUUUGGCUGAGCGACUACAAAUAUAAACUUAAUGCUAUCCACGGGCCGAUGUCCUCCCGUGACCAUAAACAGCAAAAUGAAAAGGUAAUUUCCACUGAGAGUGGGACAGAAAAAAAAGGAAUGCGUACUCAGGCUACAUUUGAAUAAACAAAAAAACAAAAACGAAACCAAAUAAUAUAAAAUAAUUCAGUAUAACUUGAUAUACACACUUAACGAAAUGAAGCCUGAACAUUUUUGAAAUCACUUUUGUUAAUAAAUAUCCAAUUAAAAUAAAACUCAGAUUGUGUGCUGAAAAAAGUGUGCAGAAAAUUAAACAUUAAUGUAUAAAUUAAUUUACCUACUCAUUCGCACGUCUUUCGGUUGUAAACGCAAAUCAGAAAUAACGAAUAACGAUAAUGUAUUGUAUAUAAGAGAAUUUGUUUCGUUUUUUUUUUUUGUCAUUUUGCCGCACGGCCAUUGUAAUUGUGUAAAAUAUUUCAAAGGGCAAACUGCAUCAUGGAAGGCGGAGGGAGAAUCGCAAUUAAUUUUACUUUUUUGUUCUCUUGCUGUUCAUGAAAAAUUCAAAUAAAUAAGAUAAAUAAAUAAUUCAAUUUAUG